AUGGCGCUUGCUCUCUCUUCGUCUCUGCUGUCCUCGCCUCCAACCCGAUUCAUAUCCAGAGGAGUCUCAGCAACACAGGGAAAGACACAAAAUCGGCCAGCAAAGGAACUUCCUUUUGAGCUAGCACAACAUGUACAGACCUACCUCGAAGAAGGCCUCUUCACCCAAGCAUUCAGUUUUCUCCUAUCCAUAUCCGGCAACAGUGCGUCAGCUAUCUCUCAUUUGGGGCCAGUGACGAUUCCACCGCCGUCUCAGCUCGCUCUUACUGCCACACUAACGGUCCACCCUACAACAACAUCCAGAACCAACUCACGCGAGAAGUGGGAUCAGGCGAAUGCCGCUCUUCAAUUACUCAGACUGGUCCACACCCUCGUCGGACCUGUCAAUGCCGACUUCACCACUGCAUUUGCCUUCCGUAAAUUUGACUUCAGAUUCACGCGUCACAGUGAGCAUCGUCUGGACGACGGCGAGGAUGAUGGGGGAGGAGGAGAUAAUCCAUCCGGCGAAAAUGAUCUUAAUACCACAUACGCCCGCUCGCAGAGCCUUUGGAGACGCGCUGAAGACUUCUGGCAGCUCGUAGGUUGGGCAUUCAAUUGUGCUUGUCUCCCUGGUAUUUAUGCUGUGCGAUGGAAUCAUUAUCAACUUCUCCUUGAGUUCCUGAUCGAUGUGCUAGAAAAUGAUUGGCAUGUGCGAAAUACUUCAGAAAGCACGUCUGCUGAUGAGUCCUUGCUCUGGCAAUAUAUCGAACUUUCGGCUGGUGGACAUGCACGCGCUAGACGGAUCUUGCGAGCCAUUUUUGCGGGUGGGAGCCGGAGCUCACUUCGGGAAUUUCGUGAAAUAUUCCCCCAUGAACUAAAGGAACCGGAGCAGCAAGAUGGGAAAAUAAAGAAGCGUCAAGUCGAUGUCGAUAUCGAUAAGGAUAUCUACGGUGACUAUUUUGGUCAGGACGACUUUGAUAUGUCUGAUAGCGACGAUGAAGAUGAUGUGGCAAGUAGUGGCACCGGAGCCAGUGGACGACAUCCCAAGCGCAUUCGGACACGGACACGAACACCGUCAUCAAGGGGAAUAACACCAAAGGGCAGCGCUGGGAGCCUACGCAGUGCGUAUACCACGGACGGUGAGGACUCCUCUUCCUCGCUAUCAACGACCCUUGGCGACCCCUCUUGCCUCUCUCUGCGUCUGCGGCUAUUAAGACUGCUCACGCACGUAUCCGCGCAUCAAACCUUGAUGUCUACCUCCCCUACAACCUUCCCCGACCUGGAAGAUCUCUAUACCCUUUUUGUGGAAUUCGUUCGGCCUCUUCCUCUCCCUGUCUUCGCCCAGGUCGUCCUUCCUACCCCGUCAAACCCAUUCGAACCAUCUUUGGCGAUUUUGUGCGAAGCCCUCCUUCAACGCAUGCUCGAGACCUCGGCUCCCAGCGCCCGCAGCCGCGUCUUACUCUCCCAGGAAAAGCUUGAACAAGAAUAUCUCCCCUUUGCCGCGUCAAAAAAUAGCGUCGACGCCAACGCGAGGGUGAGUAUCUUAUUGGAGAGUUUAGCCAGGUGUCUCGCGCAGGUUGGAGAACUGGAGAGGAAGGAUAGCUUGGCUCAGGCUGCCAGGGACGGGGUGCAAAGGAGGCUCGGGCGUGUCACGGAUUUGGCAGAGAAGGGCGGUGGUAAGAGUAGACAAAGAGACGAGGGCGUCGCGUGGGAGUGGUUGGUUGAAAGCGGGGAGAGGAUUAGCAGACUGAUAGAAGGUCUGGCGCAGGAGAAGCCGAAGAGAAAAGGACACAAGGCUCGCCGCGCCGAAUAUCAGGAACGUACGUAG